UUUGUUUUCGUAAAAAAAUUACACUUUUGCCUUUGCAAGGUCAAUAAAGGUCUUACAGUGGCAUAUAACUAGUCAGCUCGAUAGCUUACUGGUAGUCUGUGAUAACUGCGCGCGAACAUGAGCUGAUUGUCAAAGAAUUCAUUUGAUUUUUCCAUCCAAAAAUCGAAAAAUCUUGAAUCUAAAAUCCUUAUUUUUGCAAGCCUUGCGGCGACAGUGUCCACCUCAUGACUUGUAUGAAAACAGCCUUUGAUCCUGAUCCUCGGUUUGUGGACAAUGAAGAUGAAGAUGACUGGUUAUUUGCCUCCAUGAAGAGGUACAAAAACCUUCAUAUGUUUGACCUUCAGUAUCCAGUGAAGUCACUGGCAUGGGUAAAUAGUAACACCAUAUGUGUCGCUACAAGAAAGCCAGUCGGUGCUGAAAUACUGGAGUUGAAUCUUCCGGAAAAACUUCUUGCUGAAACACGGGAAGAUGAGGGACUGUGUAACAGCCGUGAUUUUCAUCUGCCAUCUGGUGGACUCUGCGAAAGACAUAUAGUGGAUGUAAAAUGCAUUCCUGAAUCGAGGCUUGUGUUUUGCUCACAUGAGGCAGACAACUCAGUGUCAGUCUGGCAACUUGGAACAGACACAAAAGACGUCAUCCAAGAAGUGAAGAUACUGAAGAACAUAAGUCCCAAUUCUGAUCCAUCUCUCAUUGCUCUCCAUGACAACCAUGUCAACAAGGUAGCAUUUGGGUCCACCACGUCUAACAUCAGUUUGUCAGAUGUAGAGACUGGAGAGAAUUUGUACAAUACACUGGGUUGCACAAAUUCGUCUCGUCUCAUCGGCCUUGACUUUCAAAAGGAGAACAUAAUACUCACAUGCACACAGCAAGGCCAUUUCAACUCUUUUGACAUUCGGGAAAAACCUCCCACCAACUCUGUGGAGAUUUUUAACCCUGACCCCAAAGACUCAUGUGCUGCAAUGUGCGUUAAGGACGAUGUUGUUGCUGUUGCCACAAGGAGAGGGAAAAUCAUUCUAAAGGAUUUGAGGAGUGCUGGAGAUGUCUGUUCUCUAGAUACAGGGUUGUGUUCAGGCGGAGCUGACGUCUGUGUUCAGUUUUCACCCAGUCAAGAUAACGUCCUCUCCCUGUCCGGUUACAACCAGAAUGUCAAUGUCUACAACUAUCAACAAGAUACGAUAUGUCCACUAUUCGUUCAUGAUGGCCACUGGAAAGCAGACGGAUUAUCAACGGAUGUCAAAAUUUGGACGCAUAGUUGGCAUCCGGAGCAGAGUCACCUGGUGUUGUCAAGUGGAACUGAUGGUAGUCUCCAUGCAUGGGAUUAUGUAACUGAUGUGUCAUGACCCUUUGCUUGGAGUUCUCAAUAUAAGGGCAUACCAGAACAUUCUGAGAUAUAUUCCGUGAUGUUAGAAAUUUUUAUUGGCGUUUUGAGGACAAACUCACAACCAGAAUGCCUGGAUAAGAUCAUUUUGAUUUUUGUAAAUUAUCUGGCUUCUGCCCCCAUGAAAAAAGUGUAGUGAAAUAUCUCUUUAUGCAUUUAUUAGAGAAAACAAAAUCACACAUUUGAUCUUUUCAAUGGUAUCCAUGAAGAAAGUAGGGCAAUUGUAAAACAAGAAACACUGAACUGCAGAAACCGAACACAGGAUGUGCCGAAACCAGGGUCUGAAGACACCGUCCUAUUGCAAUCAAAUUGGUCAUUUCGCUGAGCUGAGUUUUCCCAAUCUAAAUGUUGGCACCUGGAAUCACAUGAUCAAGAUAAUAAUCAAUGAAUACCUAUAAAUUGUUCCCUGUAACCAUGGUAACUGUCAAUCAUGUUUCAUCAUGUUUGGGUGGGUUUCCAUUGACACCACUCCCGAAUGGAUUAUCUUCCUUUUUGGGUCCAAUAUCAUAAGCAGCUUUCAUCCGAGGAGACACUGGUCUGUCCUUAUCCAUUUUUGCUGUAUCAUCAUCCUUUUUCACCUCCAAAUUGUCCUUUUUCUCCGCACUCCCAAAAAAUCUCGACAAAUAGCGCUUUUUUAACUUAUCAACAUUGUCCAUAAUAUCAGAAGAAAUAAAUCGUCCAAAACUAAAA